AAUAUGAGGCUUUCUGGGCGUAUUAAGACUCGAUCACAAGUGGAACUGAGUUUACUCAGCGAACCCAGUAACAUGUUUUCAAAAGUUUGUUGAAGCACUCUUUUAAGCACAAUGUUUUCUUGGCAUGUUCUCACAAAUAAUCUUCACCACAUUAAUGCUAUCGCUGGCUAGCUUGCUAAGUUGCAUUAACUUCAAGGUGUCACCUGUAGCUUGAUUGUGUUACUUAACAUGACAUUAAGUUGUGUGUAGCAUUAGAUAUUAGUUAACAGCUCGACUUAAGACAUAUAUCUGACAUAAGGUGUUUCACACUAUGUGGGUGUGUGCGGUUUAUUGAUUGUCAUGAGGAAGCUCGUUUGAGCUAGGCUAACGUGAGCGCUCAUCCAUUGAAAACGCAAGACCAUGAUAUGCAGGGCACAGAGGGUUCUGGGAGUUUGGGGGGACUGGAUGUCCGUCGGAGGAUCCCCAUCAAACUACUUUCCAAACAGACAGUGAGGAGCAAACCCGUUACCCGUUCCCAGAGACCCACAGGAAGACAGGGUUCAACCUCCCAGCCUGGUGAAGAAGACGGCCACGGCUUCAAGAAGGAGGAGAGGUUUGAUUGUGGUGCCAAGGCCGGGGAUGUGUUUGGUAAUCAACGGCGUUACCCCCAGCCUAUGUACUGGGACUAUAAGCUGAACCUGCUAGGUGAAAAAGACGAGACGCCAGUGCAUUUCUGUGAUAAAUGUGGGCUUCCGGUCAAGACUUACGGUCGUAUGGUAAGUAAGAUUCCAUGUAAACAUGUGUUCUGCUAUGACUGUGCAUUGCUCCAUGAGAAGAAAGGUGACAAGAUGUGUCCAGGUCUGUCCAUAUACAGCUGCACAGACCCGGUGCAGCGGAUCGAACAGUGCCUGCGCGGCUCUCUGUACAUGUGCAGCAUUGUGCAGGGCUGCAAACGCACCUACCUGUCCCAGCGCGACCUGCAGGCGCACGUCAACCACCGGCACAUGCGCGCGGGCAAGGCCUCCGGCGGACGCAUCGACCUCCACCACCAGCAGUCUGUGGACGUGUCCGAGCGCUUCCGUCUUCCCCCGCCCCUGCUCCCCAAGCCGCAUGUCAUGAUGCCCCCUAAUAUGGGUCACGGGGGUCAUGAUCCCUACGGCCAACCGCCGCCGCCGACAUCGCACGACGACCUGCGGGGCGGCCAGCCCCCACCCUCGCCGGCAGACCUGGGGCCAUCGCGCUCGAUGGCGCAGGAGACCUUCCGCAUCUCCACGGUGACCACGCGCAAGCACAGCAACCUCAUCACUGUGCCGAUCCAGGACGACGCCACCGGACCCGGUUCAGGCCGAGAGAACCUCCCGCAGCCGGGUCCCGGUCCGACCCAGCCUUCUCUGCAUCACCCCGGAGAUUAUGGCAGCCAGCCCGUAGUUUCCCAUCCACACCACAUGAUGGCGCCACCGCCGCAGUCUCACUACGGCCCUCCUCCACCUCCCCCACCCAUUAACCUCUCCCUGCAGCACCCGCCACAGGGCUCCGCCACGCCCCACAUGGGAGUGUACAACCAGGCCCCCCCACCGCCCCUGUCUUCCGCACCCCCACCCAUCACCCCGCCCCCGGGACACCUGAUGGGCCAGAUGCCCCCAUACAUGAACCACCCCCCUCCUGGACCGCCCCCACAGCACGGGGGCCCCCCUGUGACCGGGCCCCCUCCGCAUCACUACAACUCCCAGUUCUCAGAGGACCAGGGCACGCUUAGCCCUCCCUUUGCCCAGCAAGGGGGACUCAGCCCUGGGAUGUGGCCCCCUGCCAGAGGGCCUCCACCUCCACGGAUGCAGGGACCUCCACCACAGGGGCAGCUGCCAGGCCCACACCACCCAGACCAGUCCCGAUAUCGGCCGUAUUACCAGUAAAAGGCCACCCAUCUCUUGCCAGCGUACUCUGUAUGGUAGGAUGUCUUGCCCUAAUUUUCCUAGUCUGGAUUGUGGAAAGUAGACACACAGGUUCUGGCCCACCUGUGAUGCUUACCUCAGUGGAGGAAUGCUAGUGUGGGGGCUGUACAGCAAAGUCCAGUCAUAUCUCUACUUCUUUUAUUAUGAUCUAUUUUUUGUCGUUGGAAAAUUGAGUGUAUAAAAGAAACAAUUUGUUAGGUUUUUUUUUUUUUUUUUCUUGUUUUUUUUCUCAGCAUCAUUUGUCACAAAGGUUACCGGCUUAGAUGUGAGCAGGUGAUGUUAAUGAUGUUCUUAGCUCGCAAAUAUCAGUAGGAGUGAAACAAAGCCAUCUGUCUUUUGAGCUUUUGCAGGACUGACAUCUGUCUUCUUUUCUGUAUUUUUCCAGUAUUGUUGAUUAAAAAAAAAAAGCAUUUCAUUCAUUCUUAACACAAUAUUGACAUUUAGGGCAUUUUUAUAUGAUUGCGAUCAAAUAAUAAAACAAUGGCUGCUACACCAAACUAACUCAGUUUAACUCCCAGAGAAAGAUUAUUCCUUUGGUUGGAAAUCUUUCAUUGGAAACAACAGGAUCCGGUUCAAGUGUUCCUACAAAGCAACAGAUCUGAGGGCUGUACUACGAAGGGAGUUUAACCUAGUCAGAUUUAACUCUGGGUUGUCAAGCUGGUGGCAGCUCAAUGUCCACCUUUUAUGCACAGUGUAAUAUAUCAAUUGUUUUGAUUGACCCGUUUAAAAUAAUUGUAUGUAUCUCACAUGCCUGUCUUCUGAACAGCUGAAGGGGAUGCUAUUGAGCUGCUCCAGCCACCCAGUAUGCCCCUCCUGCCCUGGAAACAUGCUGGAGCUGGAGUGCCAGAAGAAAAUGUUUCAAAAAAAAAAAACUUAACUUGAAAUAAGACUGACAAAGGUAUUGCUAUACAGCAUUGUGUACCAUACUUUGGUCAAUGUCUCUACCAUCUAUAACUUUGUCUCUUUUGAUAUUUAGGAAAAGGACCAAAUGAAUGAAUGUAUACAUGAAUAAAACAUGACUUUUUUUUU